AUGAUGAAUACCAAUACCAAUAAUUUAGUAAACAAUAGUGGUGUAAUAAUGAACAACGCUGCAAACAAUAUCGCAACUGCUUCUCCUUCAACUGCUAACAUCAACAACCAAAGCAACAUGAGCAACAGUAACAGCCAGUCCGUCUCUUCAAGAGACGAUUCAACUAUCGUAGGCCUACAUUAUAGAAUUGGUAAGAAAAUCGGUGAAGGCUCCUUCGGUGUCCUAUUCGAAGGUACUAACAUGAUCAAUGGCUUGGCCGUCGCAAUCAAGUUCGAACCUCGUAAAACUGAAGCUCCUCAAUUGAAAGAUGAAUACCGUACCUACAAAAUUCUACAAGGUACCCCAGGUGUGCCUUCCGCUUACUAUUUCGGCCAAGAAGGUCUCCACAAUAUAUUGGUCAUAGAUCUUUUGGGUCCUUCUUUGGAGGAUUUGUUCGAUUGGUGUGGCCGCAGGUUUUCUGUCAAAUCAGUGGUCCAGGUCGCCGUGCAAAUGAUCACUUUGAUCGAAGAUCUGCACGCACACGACUUGAUCUACAGAGAUAUCAAACCUGACAACUUCUUAAUCGGAAGACCUGGCCAACCUGAUGAAAAUAAAGUUCAUUUGAUCGAUUUCGGAAUGGCUAAGCAGUACAGAGAUCCAAAAACAAAACAACACAUUCCUUAUAGAGAAAAAAAAUCUUUAAGUGGUACCGCAAGAUACAUGUCAAUAAACACCCACUUGGGAAGAGAACAAUCUCGUAGAGAUGAUAUGGAAGCAUUAGGUCAUGUCUUCUUCUAUUUCUUAAGAGGUCAAUUACCAUGGCAAGGUUUGAAAGCUCCAAAUAAUAAACAAAAAUAUGAAAAGAUAGGAGAAAAGAAAAGAUCAACUAAUGUGUACGAUUUGGCUCAAGGUUUACCAAUUCAAUUUGGUAGAUAUUUGGAAAUUGUAAGAAAUCUAUCGUUUGAAGAAACCCCAGAUUACGAAGGUUACAGAGGUUUAUUAUUAUCUGUUCUAGAUGAUCUAGGAGACGUCGCAGAUGGUGAAUAUGAUUGGAUGAAAUUAAAUGGUGGCAGAGGCUGGGAUUUAACAAUCAACAAAAAACCAAACUUACACGGUUACGGUCAUCCAAAUCCUCCAAAUGACAAGUCAAGAAGACACAGAAAUAAAAUGCAUUCUCAAGCUAUUCACAAUAACUUGAAUCAACCACCACCACCACAACAACAUAUACCACCAAAUGAACCACCAAGAGCUGAAUACACUGAACCACCAAGCAACCAAUUCAACCCUCCUGGUAAAUUGGAUCCUACUUCAUAUGAAGCUUAUCAACAACAAACCCAAAUGAAAUAUGCUCAACAACAGCAACAAACUCCAAGUCAAGCCCAAAACCAGAACCGUGCUAAUGGUAUGAACUACCGUAAUAAUAACUUGCAACAAAGCAACUCCAACAAAUAUCAUUAUCAACAAGAACCAUCAACUGCUCAACAAAACACCAUGCAAGCUAACCAACAUCAAGUUAAGAAUACUAAUGACGUAGUUUCAUUGGAAUCAAAGAAGGGUUUCUUUAGCAAGCUUGGUUGUUGCUAA